ACUCCGGGGGGUGGCCUUGGGUUGUCUGACAGCCGCGCCAGUGAUGCCCAGACCUCUGCUAUUUUUACUGGUCCCUUUCAUAGCUGUUCUUUGGUGAAGAAAAUUGUCCCAUCAUACUUUACCUUGAAAUGAAGCUGGAAAUGGUGGGGCUGGAGCUACUGUUGUGCCUGCUGGCAGUCAGUCUGCUCUGGGGAAUCACAAAUCCACUGCUAAAAAAAGCCAGUGUUGGGAUUGAGAACAUCCAGAUGUCAAAUCCGGUUUUGCAGACCCUACACGAGGUCAAGUUCUUGGCAUCGCGCUUCAGCUACGUGUGCCCUUUCGUGCUCAACCAGCUGGGCAGCGUGCUCUUUGUGUACACCCUUGGCAGGGUUGACCUCUCCCUGGCCGUGCCACUCAGCAACAGCCUGACCUUCCUUGUGACAACGGUAGCUGGCCGCUGCCUGGGUGAGGACACCACCAGCAGGGCCACCUGGGUCGGUGCGGGUCUGGUGUGUGCCGGAGUGGCCCUCUGUGUGGCGGACAAGACCCAGCACUGAAAUAAAGAUGGCAAGUCUGUGUGUGUGUGUUUGUGUGUGCUCAAGAUCUUAUGUGGAUCAUGAUUGGUCUUUUGUGUGUUAACAAAACCCAAAAUUUAAGCAGGAACAUGAGGUUCUGUUAAGUGUGUGUGUGUGUGUGUGUGUGUGAGAGAGAGAGAGAGAGAGAGAGAGAGAGAGAGAGAGAGAGAGAGAGAGACACUAUAAAAUGGAAUAUAAAAUGGUAUGGGCAGUUACGUUGAUUUAGUGUGUGCAUGUAUAUUUUUGCUGCAUAGCCACGUUUAUUUGUUGAUUUUUUUUUUAUACUUUAAUUUGCUGUACAACUUUGAACUUAGGAGUAAAUUAGAGGUUGCUGGGGUGAUGUCAAGGAAAUUCAGUGAUAUAUUAUCAUUCUGAGGAGCAGUUUGGCAGUGUCAUGUUCACAUUUGAAUAUUUUUCCCAGUUCUGGCAACAAUGAACUAGCUGUCUGAAUAUCACAUUCUUAUCCCUGCUGCAUCUUUGUUCCUCACUGAGUCAGUAUUAUUUCUUCCUGACUGAAGUGUGUUUCAAUUGUGAACUUUUGAUUUGCCAUUUGGUAGAUAAAUAUGUUUCAGUAA